AUGAACCCACUUAACGCCCGUAGUGCCAUGCUGUCUGCGUCUCAUGGCUUUCGGACGGUCCCAAGACUCAGGUUGGCGCUGCCUCCGUACGGCCAUGGACCGCCUCCUCCGCAGCCGGGAGCAGGCAGCGAAAGCAGCGAAAGUGUUCGGCUCUGUGAGGCCUGUGCGGCAGCUGCCGUCGCUGCCUUCCGCGUUUCUUCAAGGGUGGCGCGCCAGAAGCUCCGGAGCAGACACCAGGCUUGCAGGGCCUGCCGCAUAUCCGCGGAAGAGCUGGGGCUUCCAAAGGCGGUGGCAAGGGCUCUUGACCUCGUCGGCCCAGAUGAGGACUUGCUGAUAGCAGGGUGUACUGGAGCCUGCGUCCGACGACGCGGUGAUUCUUUCGUGGAGCAGGAAGACGGUCUGGCAGGCGUUGAACCAGGAUCCGUGGGCCACGUCGCCUCGGCAGAGAUGCUGCCCACACCCGACAUUGCUCCGGCUCAGCUGCUGUCGUGGGUGCGCCAGGCUGUGCAAGCACUGCGUGACGGCGGAACCUUGCUUCUCACGAGCUUCUGGAGCCCGGGUGGGCCGCUCAAGCCACUGCUCACACUUCCGGAGCUGCGGCUGGAGGUUUGUGUCCGGCCGCCGGACGAGGACAACGGGCCUGUGUGGACCUACAUCUGCACUCGACUGAGCAGCCCCUCAACGCUGCCAUGCAGAGCCAUGCAGGUACUCCUCGAGGCGGGUCCUCCAGCGUUAAAGGCUUGGGCACCCAAUCCGGAGGAAGCCCUCUUUGAAUACAACGAGAUCUUCUGCAGUCGUUGCUACGGACCAUCCCCGCUCGAGGCACCGGCCUGGGCCGGAUUGCCGCUGGCGCGGCUGGAGGAGGGGAGGCCCCAGCCAUUCGUGGUAGUGGACGCGGGAAUGAACCUAGGUGUGUUCGAGCUGUAUCUACAACAGCUUGCGGCUGUGCCAGUGACAUCUCUGGCUUUCGAGCCCGCGCCCGACGUGUUCCAGCUGGCCGUGCAGACGUGUCGAGAGGCAGGAAUUCAUGUGGUCGAGCACUAUGAGAUGCCAGCCGGCCCUCUGCAACUUCGUGACAAACCCGGCCUCCAGGUGCACGCCUUUCAGAUGGCCCUGUCAGACAUGCCAGGUACGUUGGGCUUCACGCACUUUCCGGACAGCCCAGCCAACUCUGCCCUGAACAGGCACGCGCCCAGAGAUCGAUGGCGAGAAGGAUGUGUCCCUGAUUCCGUGGAGUUCCAGGUCCCAUGCUGCCGGCUGUCCCAGGCGCUGUUAGCGCUAGAUGCGCCCACAGGCGCUGCCGUCUUUCUGAAGGGCGACGUCGAAGGGGCCGAGGUGGACCUUCUCAAAGGGCUGGAUGAUGAGCACUGGGCAUGGAUCUGUGGCUUAGCGGUGGAAGCGGCAGAGAGCCGCCACGAGCUGAUGGAGUUGUGCAGAAAGCAUGGGUUUGGCGAGAAGCUUCUCGAGCAGAAGCAGCCUAGCCCGGAUGGGGACACCUCUCGGACAGACACUGAGGCGCUGCACAUGAUCUUCGCUGCGCGCGACUGA